UCGGGUUGAUAAAGUUUGGGUCGGAUCUUCACUUUUAUUGGUCGAACAGUGACGUGUCCCCUAACGCUGUCCUAUCUGGCCAGAAAGAGACACGGCUGGUGAACAGAAUCAACACGUGGCGAUGUAUUAUUGCUGGAAAGAUCCUCGCGUGUCCCACGUGCCCGAUUGUUCUUUCAUAUUUCAUCUGCUUCACCGUAAAAUGACCACCACUGGAUCUCCCAAUUUUCCAGUGGUUUCUUCUCUUCAGCUAAAUGAAUUGAGCUUCUGAAACCGAGAGAGAGACAGAGAUAAUGGCGAUGCCUUUGGAAAUGGCGAUGCUUCUGACGAAAACGGUGUGGUUUGCUCUGAGCGGCUGGAUUUUAACAUGUUUGUCUAUCGCCGACGAGAUUGCUGGUUCACUCAGAAACCGAGAAGUUGGUCCUGUACAUGUCGCAUGAUCGAAUAUACAUUCAUCACCUCCUUCCUCCUCCUCGAUUUUCAGCUUCUUUUUUUCCGGUGUGAAUCGUCCCAAAAGAUUGAAGUGUUUGGGGUUUAUAGAGGAGGUAGAUACAUAUAUGUAUAGGUCAUUGAUAUAUAAUACGUCUCAAUUUUGUUUGUGUGUUUCUGCUGAUUUGAGAGAAUAAUAUAUAAUAAUGUGUGUGUCAAUUGAUGCUUCUGUUCUGGUUUCCAAAAUUGAACUACUUUCAAAGUUUGAUCAGUGUUCAGUGAUAUGUGAAUUUGGACUUUAUUCGUCCAUUUGAUGAGUUA